CACCAGAAUCACAACUGUCAGAAAGGGUUCGACGUGUUGCAUACACUCUACCAAGGGAAUUAUUGGCAGCAAACCAACUCACUUAGCUGUCAUCAAGACUAUCAUUUUCUGAUUCAUUUUUUGACAGCGUCUCUUUUUCCAAUUCGCAAGUCAAGAUGAAGGUUGUUGGAUCUACCUGCGCGCUGAAGAGCAAGGUUGGAAGCGAGGACAUGGUUCGCUGUCUCUCUGAUCAGAGCUUGACCAUCUCCAAGUGCAAGAUCCCCUUGCUGGACGAGCAGAUGAGCGCGUUUCUCCAUGACAUGAACAGUUGCUACAGCAAGCUCAAGGAGCUGGUGCCGACUCUGCCACCCAACAAGAAGGCCAGCAAAAUGGAGAUCCUCCAGCACGUCAUCGACUACAUCUGGGACCUCCAAAUCGAGCUCGACUCACCGGGCAUGAACCGUCAGCAGGCGUCCUCCGGCUCUCGCACGCCUCUGACUACCCUCAACGCAGAGCUGAGCAGCAUCUCUGUCGAGAAUGGGUGUUCAGAUGACAGAAUCCUGUGUCGCUGAUUUCUCUGCGAGACAUCAGAAGCAGCAGCAGCAGCAGCAGCAGCAGAAUCAGUAGCAGCAGCCAGAACACGGGAUGCUGUCACCGGCGAUGUUUCGUCUCGCCCCAAACCUUGCAUCAAGAAGUGACGAGACGAAGCAUUAUUGUGGCGCCGAACUGAUAGCCUACUCCCCAAGUAGACGUGCGCAAGGAGAGACUGGUGUAGCCAGAGGUGACCGGCCAGGAGUGGAGGUCCCUGAUGUGACUUAGGUUUAGCUGUAUGGACAGUUGCCGACAUAGCAUCAACAAUCACUCUUAUAAUAUUGCCUUUUUGGAUUCCUCCAAGAGACAGUGUCAAUUCCAUUGUUCCUGUACUUUUUGUAUUUUUGAAUUCUGAACGUACACUUAGAGAAGAAUUUUAUAUUUUGCAAAAAAUGCCAACUUCUCAGAUUGCUGAGUUAUAUCUGUAUUGUAUAUUACAAUGCAUUCUAUGUGAAAUGUCAAUAUUGUUUUAUUACAAUGUACCUAAAUGAUGUUUAUAUUAAAACAAAUAGUAUUUUGGAAAA